AUGCUGGACUUCUACACGCUGGCGGUGCUCGGCCUCCUGGCCGUCUUCGGGUACGCCUUCACUCGUCGCGAGAAGCCCGACCCGCGCGAACCACCAUUGGUGCGCAGCAGUAUUCCCGUGGUCGGCCAUCUGCCGUGUUUCUUGUGGUAUGGCUUAUCAUACUUUACCAUGCUAACCGAGAAACAUGGCCUACCGAUUUUCGGCCUCAACAUGGUCUUCACCAAGAGCUACCUGGUCACCUCGCCUAGCAUUCUGCUGUCCAUCCAACGGAACAAAAAGUCCCUGAGCUUUGACCCGUUCCUCAGCAUGGCGGCCGAGCGCAUGGUCGGCAUUCGUGGCCCGACGCUGGAGCUGAUGCGCGAAAAGCAAUCGGGCGGCCAGGGAUUGAAGCAGACCGUCAUCCAUGCCAUGCAGCCCACGCUAAUAGGCGCGCCCUUGGAUCGCAUGAACGAGCGCAUGACGCGCCUGCUGCGACCCCUGGUCGAUGAGCUGGCCAGCGCCACCACCAUCGACCUCUACGGCUGGUGUCGCCAUGCCAUCACGGUCGCAAGUACGGAUGCCUCGUAUGGGCCACUGAACCCCUACAAGGAUGCGAACAUCGAGGAAUCAUUCUGGUCCUUUGAGUCGCACCUCAGCCCAUUAAUGGCCAACUUCCUCCCCUGGCUGACCGCGCGCACUGCGUGGCGGGGGCGCGAGGCGGUCGUGGCCGCUUUGGUGCGGUACUACGAGCAAGGGGGCCAUGAGGACGGAUCGGAGAUGACCCAGGUACGAUGGAAGACGAUGCGGGAGGCCGGGAUGUCCGCUGCGGAUAUCGCACGAGAGGAGGUAGGCAUGGGCAUCGGGCUCCUCUCCAACACGGUUCCCGCCGCCUUCUGGGUGCUGUAUGAGCUGUACUCCCGACCCGACCUACUGGAGGAAAUCCGGGAGGAGAUUCGCACGAAUGCGCUCCGCGUGGACGCCGACCAGCGACACAUCAUCGAUAUCUCGGCUCUACGCGACAACUGCCCGCUCGUGGUCUCGAGCUUCCAGGAAAUCCUACGCGUGCAGUCUGCAUCUGCCCCGACGCGAUUUGUCAUGGAAGACGUGAUGCUGGCGGAUCAAUAUUUUCUCAAAGCGGGAAGUAUGAUCAACAUGCCGGCCAAGACGUUGGGUCGCAUGCCCGAGGCAUGGGGAGAGACGGCGAGUGAGUUCGAUGCGCGGCGGUACAUCCGGUCGGAGGAGAAGAACCCGCGGCGCACGGCAGGCUUCAUGACGUUUGGAGUGUCCCCCGUCAUCUGUCCCGGACGACACUUUGCCAGCUCGGAGAUUCUCGGAUUAGCCGCUCUGUUGGUGCUCCGAUAUGAUAUAGCGCCGGUGGAUGGCCAGUGGCGCACGCCGCGGUUGAACUCGAUGGCGGUCGCGUCGAACAUGCGACCGCUCAAGGAUAAGUUUCCAGUGACGGUGCGUCCACGCAGCGAAUACGCGGGAGUGGAAUGGGACUGUACGGUGCAGCCCGGGAGUGGAGUGUUUAACUUGAUGGUGGGAUAG